UGGGAGGGGGGAGAUCCAGGAGUUUCCAAUCAGAAGACUCCAACCACAAUGCUUCUGAUGCCGGACAGAAAGUUCCACAGCUUUGGAUUUGCUGCUCGGGAUUUCUACCAUGACCUAGACCCCAGCGAGUCCAAGCACUGGCUGUACUUUGAGAAAUUUAAGAUGAAGCUGCACAGCAGUACGGACCUGUCUAUGGAAACAGAUCUUAUAGCUGCAAACGGGAAGAAAGUGAAAGCCCUGGAGAUCUUCGCCUAUGCCCUCCAGUACUUCAAAGAACAGGCUCUAAAGGAGCUGAGUGACCAGACGGGAUCAGAGAUGGAUAACAGCGAGGUGAGAUGGGUCAUUACUGUUCCAGCCAUCUGGAAACAGCAGGCAAAGCAAUUCAUGAGACAAGCCGCUUACAAGGCUGGAAUGGUGUCUCCUGAGUACCCUGAACAGCUGAUUAUCUCUCUGGAGCCUGAGGGGGCUUCAAUAUACUGCAGGAAACUCCGACUGCACCAGAUGAUCGACCUCAGCAGCAAAGCUGCAAUCAAUGGCAUUAGCCCCACAGAUCCAGCCAAAGAUCACAUUCGAAGGAACCGACAGAGUCGCACUUUUCUGGUGGAGAAUGUGAUUGGAGAGCUGUGGUCAGAGCUGGAGGAAGGGGAUCGUUACGUGGUGGUAGAUUGUGGAGGAGGCACUGUUGAUUUGACCGUCCAUCAAAUCCGAUUACCAGAAGGUCACCUGAAGGAACUGUACAAGGCAUCAGGUGGACCGUACGGUUCUCUCGGUGUUGAUUAUGAGUUUGAGAAACUUCUCUGUAAAAUAUUUGGAGAUGAUUUCAUUGACCAGUUUAAAGUGAAGCGUCCGGCAGCGUGGGUGGACCUAAUGAUCGCCUUUGAGUCGCGCAAGAGAGCUGCAGCCCCUGACAGGACCAACCCACUGAACAUAACGUUACCAUUUUCCUUCAUUGAUUACUACAAGAAAUUCCGCGGCCACAGUGUGGAACACGCGCUCCGUAAAAGCAAUGUGGACUUUGUCAAGUGGUCGUCACAGGGAAUGUUACGGAUGAACCCUGACGCCAUGAAUGCUCUCUUCAAGCCUACUGUGGACCACAUCAUUGAACACCUAACAAACCUAUUCCAGAAGCCUGAGGUGUGUGGCGUGAAAUUCCUGUUCUUAGUAGGUGGGUUUGCAGAGUCUCCCCUCCUCCAGCAGGCAGUACAGAAAGCAUUUGGAGACCAGUGUCGAGUCAUCAUACCCCACGAUGUAGGAUUAACUAUCCUGAAAGGAGCCGUCUUGUUUGGGUUGGAUCCAGCUGUAAUUAAAGUGCGUCGUUCUCCUAUGACAUAUGGAGUAGGGGUCUUAAAUCGAUAUGUUGAAGGAAAACACCCACCAGAGAAACUCCUAUUAAAGGAUGGAACACGAUGGUGCACAGAUGUCUUUGAUAAAUUCAUUUUGGCUGACCAGUCAGUGGCUCUGGGGGAGACGGUGAAACGUAGCUAUACCCCAUCCAGACCCUCCCAACUUCUCAUCAUAAUCAAUAUCUACAGCUCAGAGAAAGAAGAGGUGAAUUUCAUCAGCGACCCCGGGGUGCGGAAGUGUGGUACUCUGAGGCUGGAUCUCACAGGAGUGGAAUGUUCCCCAGUUCCAAGCCGCAGAGAGAUCCAAACCAUCAUGCAGUUUGGGGAUACAGAGCUAAAAGCCAUGGCCGUUGACAUUGCCUCCUCUAAAAGUGUCAAAGUCAGCAUUGAUUUUCUGAAUUAGAACUGUUUUCUAUCUAUCCUGCUCUCCAUUAGCUGAGACCUGUCUUCCUUAUCAUACUAAUCCCAACCACCUGGAGAUUGCGCAAUACAACCAUUGGAAAGUAUUAGCCAUUCAUUUGCACCUUGGCAGCUACUGUUUCCCUGGUUAUAUGGGGAUUGGCGUUUUGUCACUUUAUUUUCCUCUGGUAAGGGGUCAGACUGCAUAUUAGCAAUGGUACUAUGGGGCCCGGAAAGUAGGGCGCUAUUUCUCUUCUUGUCAUGAGACUAGAAUUCAGUAUAUCUUACUGGAUCUGACCUUUGUUGCUGGCCUUUGGGCCUAAUUCAGACCUGAUUGCAGCAGCAAAUUUGUUCUCUAUUGUGCAAAACCAUGUGCACUGCAGGGGGGGCAGAUGUAAUAUGUGCAGAGAGAGUUAGAUUUGGGUGGGGUGUGUUCAAACUGAAAUCUAAAUUGCAGUGUAACAAUAAAGCAGCCAGUAUUUACCCUGCACAGAAACAAUAUAACCCACCCAAAUCUAACUCUCUCUGCACAUGUUACAUCUGCCCCCCCUGCAGUGCACAUGUUACAUCUGCCCCCCUGCACUGCACAUGGUGUUACCCAGGUCUCUCUGCACACGUUACAUCUGCCCUCCCUGCAGUGCACAUGGGGGGUCAUUCCGAGUUGUUCGCUCGCUAGCUGCUUUUAGCAGCAUUGCACACGCUAAGCCGCCGCCUACUGGGAGUGAAUCUUAGCAUAUCAAAAUUGCGAACGAAAGAUUAGCAGAAUUGCGAAUAGACACUUCUUAGCAGUUUCUGAGUAGCUCCAGACUUACUCUUCCAGUGCGAUCAGUUCAGUGCUUGUCAUUCCUGGUUUGACGUCACAAACACACCCAGCGUUCGCCCAGACACUCCUCCGUUUCUCCAGCCACUCCCGCGUUUUUCCCAGAAACGGUAGCGUUUUUUCGCACACACCCAUAAAACGGGCAGUUUCCGCCCAGAAACACCCACUUCCUGUCAAUCACAUUACGAUCACCAGAACGAUGAAAAAACCUCGUAAUGCCGUGAGUAAAAUACCUAACUGCAUAGCAAAUUUACUUGGCGCAGUCGCACUGCGGACAUUGCGCAUGCGCAUUAGCGACUAAUCGCUCCGUUGCGAGAAAAAAAUAACGAGCGAACAACUCGGAAUGACCCCCAUGGUUUUGCCCAUUAGCUAACAAAUUUGCUGCUCAGGUCUGAAUGAAGCCGUUUAUCCACCUAUGAGUGCAGAGAAUGUGUCGCUAUUCCAGCCAGAGAGAACCACAAUUAGAAAGGAUCUACUGACGCCGUUCUGCUCUUAUUAUACGUGCUGCUGUAGGAACUUCAUCCAGGAAAGAGGCCCAAAGUCGGGUAAUUCAGACCUGACCGCUGCUGUGCGUUUUUAUUCAGUGGGUGAUCAGGUCCAAACUGCACAUGUGUAUGCACCGCAAUGCGCAGGCGCGUCGCACAGGUACAAAGCGGAUCGCCGCUCAGCGAUGGGUUUGUGUGAUGGAUCCAUUCGCACAGCCGAUCAAAAGGAGAUUGACAGGAAGAGGGCGUUUGUGGGCGGCAACUGAGCGUUUUCUAGGAGUGUUUGGAAAAGCGCAGGCGUGUCCAGGCGUUUGUAGGGCGGUUGUCUGACGUCAGUUCCGGGACCGGACAGGCGGAUGUGAUCGCAGCGGCUGAGUAAGUUCUGGGCUGCGCAGAGACUGCACAAGAUCAGUUUGUACCGCUCGGCUGCACGGGAUCCGGUCUGAAGAUCGACACUGUCUAGGUCAACAAUGUUUGGUUCGACCACUAUAGGUCGACAGUCACUAGGUUGACAUGUUUUCAAGGUUGACAGGGUUUCUAGGUCAACAUGUUCUAGGUCGACAGGUCAAAAGGUCGACAUAAGUUUUUCAUUUAAAAAAACAACAAAACUUUUUUAUACUUGGACGAUCCACGUGGACUAUGAUUGGGAACGGUAACCUGUGCUGAGCGCAGCGGUAGCGAUGUGAGCCAUGCAAGGGGACACGGUGCACUAAUUGGUGUUCCCGGUCACGGUACGGAGAAAACGACACCAAAAAAACAUGAAAAAUUCAUGUCGACCUUUUGACCUGUUGACCUAGAACAUGUUGACUUAGAAACCCUGUCGACCUUCAAACCCUGUCGACCUAUAGUGGUUGACCUAGACACUGUUGAUCUAAUGAUGGAUGGCGCACACACAGAUGGCACACACAGAGACGGCACGGCACACACAGAGACUGCACGGCACACACAGAGACGGCACGGCACACACAGAGACGGCACGGCACACACAGAGACGGCACGGCACACACAGAGACGGCACGGCACACACAGAAACGGCACGGCACACACAGAGACGGCACGGCACACACAGAGACGGCACGGCACACACAGAGACGGCACAGCACAUAGAGAGACGGCACGGCACACACAGAGAGACGGCACGGCACACACAGAAACGGCACACACAGACGGCACACACAGAGACAGCGCGGCACACACAGAGACGGCGCGGCACACACAGUGACGACGCGGAACACAGAGACGGCGCGGAACACAGAGACGGCGCGGCACACACAGAGACGGCGCGGCACACACAGAGACAGCGCGGCACACACAGAGAUGGCGCGGCCCACAGGGAUGGCACGGCACACACAGAAUAGGGAUGGCACACACAGAGACGGCACGGCACACACAGAGAGACGGCACGGUACACACAGAGAUAGCAUGGCACACACAGACGGCACACACAGAGACAGCGCGGCACACACAGAGACGGCGCGGCACACACAGUGACGGCGCGGAACACAGAGACGGCGCGGAACACAGAGACGGCGCGGCACACACAGAGACGGCGCGGCACACACAGACGGCACACACAGAGACAGCGCGGCACACACAGAGAUGGCACGGCACACACAGAGACGGCACGGCACACACAGAGACGGCACGGCACACACAGAGACGGCACGGCACACACAGAGACGGCACGGCACACACAGAGACGGCACGGCACAUAGAGAGACGGCACGGCACACACAGAGACGGCACACACAGAGACGGCACGGCACACACAGAGAGACGGCACGGCACACACAGAAACGGCACACACAGACGGCACACACAGAGACAGCGCGGCACACACAGAGACGGCGCGGCACACACAGUGACGGCGCGGAACACAGAGACGGCGCGGAACACAGAGACGGCGCGGCACACACAGAGACGGCGCGGCACACACAGAGACAGCGCGGCACACACAGAGAUGGCGCGGCACACAGGGAUGGCACGGCACACACAGAAUUGAGAUGGCACACACAGAGACGGCACGGCACACACAGAGAGAAGGCACGGUACACACAGAGAUAGCAUGGCACACACAGACGGCACACACAGAGACAGCGCGGCACACACAGAGACGGCGCGGCACACACAGUGACGGCGCGGAACACAGAGACGGCGCGGAACACAGAGACGGCGCGGCACACACAGAGACGGCGCGGCACACACAGACGGCACACACAGAGACAGCGCGGCACACACAGAGACGGCGCGGCACACACAGUGACGGCGCGGAACACAGAGACGGCGCGGCACACACAGAGACGGCGCGGCACACACAGAGACGGCGCGGCACACACAGAGACGGCGCGGCACACACAGAGACGGGGUGUGCACGUAUAUGUGUGACUGGCAGACGGGGUGUCACAUAUAUGUGUGACUGGCAGAUGGGGUGUGCACGUAUAUGUGUGACUGGCAGAUGGGGUGUGCACGUAUGUGUGACUGGCAGACGGGGUGUGCACGUAUAUGUGUGACUGGCAGACGGGGUGUCACGUAUAUGUGUGACUGGCAGACGGGGUGUCACGUAUAUGUGUGACUGGCAGACGGGGUGUCACGUAUAUGUGUGACUGGCAGACGGGGUGUGCACGUAUAUGUGUGACUGGCAGACGGGGUGUGCACGUAUGUGUGACUGGCAGAUGGGGUGUGCACGUAUAUGUGUGACUGGCAGACGGGGUGUCACGUAUAUGUGUGACUGGCAGACGGGGUGUGCACGUAUGUGUGACUGGCAGAUGGGGUGUGCACGUAUAUGUGUGACUGGCAGAUGGGGUGUGCACGUAUAUGUGUGACUGGCAGACGGGGUGUCACGUAUAUGUGUGACUGGCAGACGGGGUGUCACGUAUAUGUGUGACUGGCAGACGGGGUGUGCACGUAUAUGUGUGACUGGCAGACGGGGUGUGCACGUAUGUGUGACUGGCAGACGGGGUGUGCACGUAUGUGUGACUGGCAGGCGGGGUGUCACGUAUAUGUGUGACUGGCAGACGGGGUGUCACGUAUAUGUGUGACUGGCAGACGGGGUGUGCACGUAUAUGUGUGACUGGCAGAAGGGGUGUGCACGUAUAUGUGUGACUGGCAGACGGGGUGUGCACGUAUAUGUGUGACUGGCAGACGGGGUGUGCACGUAUAUGUGUGACUGGCAGACGGGGUGUCACGUAUAUGUGUGACUGGCAGACGGGGUGUGCACGUAUAUGUGUGACUGGCAGACGGGGUGUGCACGUAUAUGUGUGACUGGCAGACGGGGUGUGCACGUAUAUGUGUGACUGGCAGACGGGGUGUGCACGUAUAUGUGUGACUGGCAGACACCAAUCACAUACUGUAUACCAGACAUAAUGUGGUACUGAACCACCAGCCGUGGCACCCCUGCAAGGGCUCUGUGCCACGUAACUGACCUAAAUAAUGUUUUAUUAUCAUUGUAGUAAAAAACAAUGUUCGUGAUGUCCUGUUUCAUCAACAUACAGAAUAUACAGACCAUAGAGAACACACAGAAUAUACAGAACAUACAGAAUAUACAGAAUAUACAGACCAUAGAGAACACACAGAAUAUACAGAAUAUACAGAACAUACAGAAUAUACAGACCAUAGAGAACACAAAGAAUAUACAGAACACACAGAAUAUACAGAAUAUACAGACCAUAGAGAACACACAGAAUAUACAGAACAUACAAUAUACAGAAUAUACAGAAUAUACAGACCAUACAGAAUAUACAGAGUAUACAGACCAUAGAGAACACACAGAAUAUACAGAACACACAGAAUAUACAGAAUAUACAGAACAUACAGAAUAUACAGACCAUAGAGAACACACAGAAUAUACAGAACACACAGAAUAUACAGAACAUACAGAAUAUACAGAAUAUACAGAACACACAGAAUAUACAGAAUAUACAGAACAUACAGAACAUACAGAAUAUACAGAACAUACAGAACAUACAGAAUAUACAGAACAUACAGAAUAUAACAGAAUAUACAGAAUAUACGGAACAUACAGACCAUACAGAAU